GGCAUUUCAAAAUCAACCUAAAUCCCAUCAUAAUUGGAGUACAUUUUUCUAAUCUCUGGUAGUCUGAUGAUCUCCUCUCUCUCUCUCCAUAGAUGUACUACUACCGUAAGACCACCUCUGCAUUAGUUUUAAAGGUCUGCAAAACGUGGACAAAAUCACUGCUGACUUCCGAGGUUCUUGGUAACACUUGUAUUAAGCUGCAGCAGCAGAAACACUGUUUCGUAGCUCAAGCUGGUGCAAACGCAUCGCCAGAGGUUCAGAAAAUGGGUGAUAAUAGUAGCAGUCACGUUACCCGUGUUCUUUUUUGUGGGCCUCACUUUCCUGCUUCUCACAAUUAUACAAGAGAAUAUUUGCAAGGCUAUCCAUUUGUACAGGUUGAUGAUGUUCCACUUGAAAAUGUGCCUGCUGUGAUUGGUGACUAUGAAAUUUGCGUGGUUAAAAGCUUCCGGAUGAACUCCGAUGUCCUCUCUCGUGCAAAGAGCAUGAAACUCAUAAUGCAAUUUGGAGUUGGGCUAGAAGGUGUUGACAUUAAUGCUGCUACAGAGCAUGGCAUUAAAGUUGCCAGAAUUCCAGGUGGUGCAACUGGAAAUGCUGCUUCAUGUGCUGAAAUGGCCAUAUAUCUCAUUUUGGGCCUCCUGCGUAAGCAACAUCAACUGAAAAUUUCUGUGGAGCAGAAAAAGCUAGGGGAGCCAAUUGGUGACAACCUGGAAGGGAAAACGGUGUUUAUCAUGGGGUUUGGCAAUAUCGGGAUACAUUUGGCAAAGCGUCUACGUCCAUUUGACGUGAAAAUACUUGCUACCAAACGGAGUUGGUCCAGGCAUGCUCGGGACUCAAGCAAAUCUGAGGCACCAUCUGCUGAAAAUGGUAGCUAUGAUGACCUGGUUGAUGAGAGGGGAAACCAUGAUGAUAUCUUGAAGUUUGCCAGCAAAGCUGAUAUUGUUGUAUGUUGUUUAGUUAUGAACAAAGAAACUGCUGGCAUCGUGAACAAUGAUUUUAUAUCUGUCAUGAAAAAGGGUGCAAUUCUGAUUAAUAUUGCUCGAGGUGGUCUCUUGGACUAUGAUGCUGUUUUUAAUCAUCUCAAAUCGGGACAUUUGGGCGGUUUAGGAAUUGAUGUUGCUUGGGCUGAACCAUUUGAUCCUGAUGAUGCUAUCCUUAAAUUUCCAGAGGUUAUAAUCACACCCCAUGUUGCUGGUGUUACGGAAAAGUCCUACAGAUACAUGGCCAAGGUUGUUGGGGACGUUGCUCUUCAACUCCAUGCAGGAGAACCUUUUACAGGAAUAGAGAUUGUCAAUUGAACCAAUUAGUAACGAAGAAACAUUGCCUGGGAAUUAUUCUUGUGUUUACAUUUCUUGCCAUUGAGGAAUGUAGUUUCUUUACAUUUCAUAUUUAUCUUUGUAUUGUCACACAAGUAUCCUGAUAAAUAAAUUAUUAGAGGUCGUUUGGUUCACAUACUA